CACACACACACACUCAUGCUACUCGGGAGAAGUGACACUCACACACACUCAUUCCCUACUCCGGCCGGGCGAAGAACAGGACUGUGUUGAUACAGGUAAUUGCGAAGGAGACAUAUGGAAUACCAGAAGAACUCCGAGCCAUUCUAUGACAAGAACACCGUGGAGACACAGCCGGACGCUCCAAACAACCUGAUGUCUACCAGUAGUAUGAACUACCAGAACAUUGACACAGUGGAGAAAGAGGGAGCGCAGAAUGUCCCGGACAGCGAUGACCCCUCCGUCCCAUGCAACAACAAGUGGAGGGUGACAGCCAUAGUGCUCCUGGUGGUAACCAUCAUCUCAUUGGGCGUCUCCAUCGCUAUAGCUGUCAUCUGGUCUCAAGGUACAGACACCCUCCCGACCCCUUCCUCCCCGCAGGCCACCGUCAUGUCCGACUCCCACAGCAUGCUGGAGCGGGAGAAAGCGAUCCGCGCAGAGGAGGAGCAGAAACGAGUGGAGCAUGAGAUGGACAUCCGUGCGGAGGAGGAGAAGAGGAGAGUGGACCUGGAGAAGAGCAUCCGUGCGGAGGAGGAACAGAAAAUACUGGAGAAGGAGUCACAGAUACGGGCCGAGGAGGAGCUGAGGAGGAUGGAGAGCGAGACCCAGAUCCGCAUGGAGGAGGAGAAGAAAAGGAUAGAGGAGGAGGCGGCCAUCAGAGAGGAGGAGGCCAAGAAGAGGAGCGACCUGGAGAGAGAGAUCCGGGCCGAGGAGGAAAAGAAGAGGAUGGAGGGAGAGAGAGCCAUCCGGGCGGAGGAGGAGAGCAAGAGGAUCGAGGGAGAGAGGGCGAUCCGGGCGGAGGAAGAGGCCAAGAGGAUCCAAGCCGUGAAGGAGGUGAGGGAGGAGGAGGAGGAGAAGAGGGAGCUGCUGGAGAGGGCCCUGAUGGAGAGGGAGAGGAGGCUGGAGGAGUUGAGGUCUCAGUGCAAUGCUGGGGAGGUUGCUACCAGCAGCACCAUGGCAUUCGGCUUCCUCACCACCGUACUGCUGUUCACUCAGAUACUGCACUGGUGAACACGCACGCACUGAUACAGAUUAGUACAUUCACACACAGACGCAUACACAGACAUAGACACACACAGAUACACACACAGACAAAAGCACACACACAAGGACACAAUGGACACACAGACACACAGACACAGACACACACACACACACACACACACACACACACACACACACACACACACACACACACACACACACACACACACACACACACACACACACACACACACACACACACACGCACGCACGCACGC